AAUCCUCUCGUACGAAUAUGGCCCUGAAAGCUAGACGGCGUUGUCAGUCGCUGGUGGUUCCCAAACUUACACGGCCGUUUGUUCUCAAGAUUUGCUGUUAUCUUUCCUUGUUUUCAAGUAUAGAAAUCGCGUUCGUUUUAAAUCACAUUUUUCAUAUCGCGCGAAUGAAAAAUGAGUACGGCAGGUCAUACCUGCGUGUAUUUUAACUGUUACAAGACCGAUCGAGCUUUCAAGGGUAUCAGUUUUUUCAAAUUUCCUGUAAAAGAUCAGGAGCGUACGGAAACAUGGAGGAUAAAUUGUGGAAACCCGGUCGUGGCAGAACUACCUUAUGAUAAACUGGCCAAUAAAUUGAUAUGCGAGGAUCACUUUUCACCAAUUCACAUUUACCAUAACAGCAAACGGAAAAUGUUACGCGGAAAUGCGGUUCCUGUUCAUUUUGAAGCCUUUGAAACGGAAAUGACUCCAGUAAUACCCAAAGAGGAACCUUUAUCAGAUAGAGAAGAUUCCCCACCAUCACCAGAGACUAUGGUGAUGACGACACCACUCAGAACAUAUGUUAAUAAACGGUUCUCCCAAAUUACAUCUAAAGAAAAAUGCCCCAAUUUCUCCAAUGAACAGGAAGUCGCUAUGAACGAAAUAAAGCAAGAGCCUUGUGAUACAUCGGCAGAUCCCAUUAAGGUUCUUCCCCCAUUCGACUUUAAUCACGCUUCUAUCCAUGUGGGAAAUGGGAUUCGUUUAUUUCCUACCAGCAACACAUCAGGUGAACAUACACUUUCCACGGCCAUUACAAGCCAACCGUUAGUCGCCACCGCAAACCAAAACGGAGCUGUUAUGGAGGAAAUAAAGGAGGAAGUCGAACCUGGGGUGAUUAAUCACAUUUCGGUUCCCAUGAAACGCCCUCAACUCAAGUUUAUCUUUCCACAUCAAUAUUAUAAGUUAAAGGAGAGAUAUGCAAAAUUGAAACAGACGAAUAGUAAAUUAAGAACGCAAAUUUGGCGACUGAGGCAUAGGCCCGAUUUCAAUCAAACGCUUUACGAAACUUUAGAUUCGAAACCUCCAGCGGUCAAAACGUUCGUACUCAUGCAACUUAUUCAUAGAAAAUCAACGGCGUGGACAGAAUCUGAAAAACAGCUCGCUUUAACUAUUUUUAAACGAUCGCCGAGCACUUACAAAUUAUUGUCCAAAACUUUAGGUUUUGUAUUGCCCGCAAGAAAAACAAUAUAUACGUGGAAGCCCAAUAAACCAUCUGAAGGAGUAGAGAAAGGACAAGAAGAACAUGAUCAGGCAGAAAAACAAAAUGAAACGUCUGAUGGAAUAGGGGAAGGUCAAGAAGGGCAAUUUAAGGCGAGUGAACAAAAUAAACCACCUGAAACAACGGAGGAACGACAGCAAGAUGAAGCAAAGGAAGACCAGAGUGCUGCUAUGGAUGUGUCUGCUUAAGAUGGGAUCGCACGUUUUUUGUAUCAUAAAUUGCUAUAGGUACCUAUCGCCAAAGAGUAACUAUCUUUGCUAUCGCUUAUUAGGGAAUUACAUGUGAUCAAAAUUCCAGGAAAAUGAAUGUUUCCACAAAAGUUAAUAAUAAAUACCUAUACUAUAGGUAAUAUGUUUUAUAAUAAAUAAUGAGAAUUU